AUGGAUUCUAAUGGUCAACAAUCUGAAAGUCUUAAGGAUAACAAAUCUAUGGAAAAUGAAAAACUAGUUUAUAAUCAACUCAUGAGAGGUAAGACACCCGAAGAUAUUAAGGAACAGUGUUUACAGUUAUGUCAGGACUAUAUUGCCGGUGAUUGGAUCAGACAGACAGUCGAAACCAUUGAAGUUAAGCGAAUUACCGGUGGUUUAACUAAUCAAUUAUAUAAAUGUUCAAUCAUUACACCCGAGGCUAACACUACAGUUACCAAUAUUGUUGCUAUACGUAUAUAUGGUAUCAAAUGGACGGAAAAUAAUGUCUAUGAAGACAAUGCAAGGCUAAGUGAUAUAAUUGUAUCGGUGAUGGUUUCGGAGAAAAAGUUGGGACCAAAAUUGUUGGGUAUUUUUAACGGCGGAGAAAUCAGUUAUUUUUAUAAUCACCGAUACUUCAAACUUGAAGAACAAAAUGAUGUAAAACUUGUCGAAGAAUUGUUCCAAAAGAUCGCCCGAAUUCAUGCCAUGAAUGUACCGAUAAAGAGAAAGCAUUGGAUGAUCAAUGAAAUGGAAGAUAACUACAAAAAAGUUAAAAAUCAAUCGUCUAUUACUCAACUAAUUGAUGAAUUAAAUUGCGAAACACUUAAAACAGUUGAUAUAAGUAAUGAAAUCAAUUGGAUUAAACAUAAAGUUAUUGAAUCGGGAAGUCCUGAGGUUUUUUCCCACAAUGACUUGUGUUGCGCUAAUAUAAUGGUGUUGGAGGACAACGAGUAUAAUAAUAGUGAGGAUCAGUUAUUGAUUUGUGACUAUGAGUACGCACCAUAUAGCUAUAGAGGUCAGGAUUUGGGAUCAACUAUUCUUGAAUGGGGUCGAGACGGGACUGUUAUAGAUACAGACCAUGACUUUAUUGAUGACAAUAUUAUUAAGCAAUUGCUUCUCUAUUACAUCGAUGAAAAUAUCAAAAUUUUCGUGAUGAAAAAUAGUGAAGAUAUUUCAUCUAUUAAUGAAUUAUUUGUGGGAAACACGGAGUUAUAUAGAGGAGAGACACCCAUUGAUAUCAAUGAUCAAUGUUUACAGUUAUGUAAGGAUUAUUUGUCGGGUGAAUGGAUUCAACAAACAGUGGACACUAUUGCUGUCCGACGUAUUACGGGUGGACUUAUGAAUCAAUUAUAUUAUUGCGGUAUAAAUGAUCAAAAUAUAACAUCAAAAGUACCGCAAGAAGUGGCCAUUUUAUUUUACGGCGAAAAGAUUACAAAAGCUAAAGACAAUAAUUAUGAGAGACUUAAUGAUGUUAUAAUUGAUUUGAUGGUAUCUGAAAAUCAAAUUGGUCCUAAAGUUUGUGCACUAUUUGAACAUGGUCAAAUACAACAUUAUUAUCAGCACCGACAGUUCAAACCCGAAGAACAAAAUAACCCUAAACUGGUUGAUGAAGUGUUUCGCAAAUUGGCCCGAAUUCACGCCAUGGAUGUACCAAUAAAUCGCACAUUUAAUUGGUUAACUACUGAAUUAAAUGACAUUUAUAAACUUGCAUUUGAAGGCAGUAUUGAUAUAAAAGCAAUGUCUGAAAAAUACAAUUGCGAGGCAUUAAUGACAGCAGAUAUGAAAAAUGAGGUUCAAUUUAUCAAUGAAUUGAUAGUAAAAGCCAACAGUCCUAUUGUGUUCAUUCACUGCGACUAUAGAUCUAGUAAUCUAUUAAUUACCGAAUCGGUCGAUAAAUCUGACGGUCCUUUAGUUGUCUGUGAUUUUGAAUACGCGUCGUACGGUUACAGAGCUUAUGACUUUAUGCCACUUCUUCAAGAGUGGGGUCGCAAUCAAUUAAAUCUGAACGUUGAUGGCAUACCUCUUGAGGAGUCAAUAAGCAGACCAUUAAUAGAGAUUUAUGUCGACGAAUGUCAUCGUAUUUAUGGUGAAGAAUAUUCUGCAAAUGCUAUCAAUACUGUCGAUCAUAUUCUCCAUGAAAUCAAAAUAUUUUAUGUUAUUUAUCAAUUCUUUAUGACUUUAAUUUGUUUAAAAAUGGAUUUAAAUAAUAAUGCAAUACUCAAAAACUUGCCAUUGGUAUUCAAAUUUUAA